AUGGCGGACAACCAAAUCCCCAUCAAUGGGUCCGACACUUCUCUAAACAACAAUGGCUCGGCCAUUCCAUCCCCGCGCUCUAGCACAGAUUCCCGCUCCUCCACACGAAACCUCCGCGUUUCACACAUGCCCGCACCGAACCACCAGCACAGACAAAGCUUGAGCGAGUCCCUGCGCGGACCCCCCGGGUCUCCCCGCGCACGCCGGCAACCAUCCCUCACUCAAUCCGCCAUCCAGAGCCUGAUCGACAAUCCCCCGCCACCCAAGCAGAGUGACCCUGCGUUUAUCGGUCGGGAUUGGCGAGAGAUCUCAAUUGGAGAGCUGGUUAGCCCGGAUGAUCUCAAGUUCGUGGAGCUUGAUACGGGAAUCGAAGAUGCUACAAACGUCUUGAUUGACUCCGGUGCGGCUGUACUUUUGAUCCGCGAGACUCCUGAAGCCACUUCUGCCGUCGGCACAUUCGAUUACGCUGACCUCAAUUCAUAUCUCCUGCUAGCGGCAGGGUUGACAUCCCCCGAUGAAGCGCACCAAGCAUCGUAUGAAGAGCUGGCCAAGAAGGCCCACGAUGGAGUGCCUAUUCCGCUGCGGGAUGUCAAGAAGUUUGGCAUGGAGAAAGAACCCCUCAUCAACUUGCCCGCGUCGGCAAAUGUGUUGACCGCCGUUGAGACCUUUGGCGGAGGUGUUCACCGAGUCGUCGUGGUCAAUGAGUCUAACCCCCAAGAGGUGGUUGGAAUCUUCAGCCAAUUUCGCCUUGUUAAAUUCCUUUGGGAGAAUGGCCGGAGCUUCCCUGUCAUCGAGGAGCUCUACACACAAGCCUUGCGCGAGUUGCGGAUUGGAUCUCAAGAAGUGAUCUCGAUCAAUGGCGACAAACCUCUUUGCGAAGCUUUACAUGUCAUGAACAAUGAAGGCGUAUCAUCCAUUGUCGUGGUCGAUAGCCACAUGAAUGUCCUUGGCAACAUUUCAACAGCAGACGUCAAGCUCCUGACCCGGUCAUCUUCACUGCCACUUCUUCACAAUACCUGCACCCACUUCAUUUCGGUCAUCCUGUCUACACGAGGACUGAUAGAAGGCAAAGACUCGUUCCCUGUCUUCCACGUCAAUCCAGGGUCGACACUGGCCCAUACAGUCGCAAAGAUUGUGGCAACUAAAUCACAUCGACUCUGGGUGACGGAUCCAAUGUCCCCAUCCUCCUCAGGACCGCCAACUCCAUCACAUUCCGCUGCACACGUCCCUCUUCCCCCUAACAUAAGCCAACCAGCUGCAGGAUCGCAUAUUGCAAACUCACCUCCAGCAUCUCCUCUUCCUCCGCCUUUGAGCCCCUCAGCACAGUCCGCUCAAAACACAGCUCCGCACCACCCAGCUCCUCUAUCCUUCGCGCCCACAAAUUCAGGCUCUCAGUCUACUUCAGGAGUUGCCGUUCCACCGCCACUUACUCAUUCAAUUCCUGCUUCAGCGCUAGAUGGAGCCCGACUUUCUGGACGCCUAGUUGGAGUCGUGAGCUUGACUGAUAUUCUGAAUCUACACGCCCGAGCCAGCGGACUCAGUCCAGCUGAUCCAGCCGAGUCUCGUAGCCGCCGUCGACGCAGUAGCUCGUCGAGUCUAAGUGUUCGCCGCAGCGGCGAUAUUGGCCGGGAGCUUUUCAGCCGCGGCAUGUAA